ACGCUUCUGAAAAAGUGUUCCUCAUGCUAUGACGAUUUUGCAGUGGUGGUCAAGGCCCGAGGUCAACAUCAGAUUACGCAUGCCAUUGACGUUAGGUUAGCAAUGCCAAUGGCAUCGAGGUUGAUAACAAUUCCUUUAUCACACCUCGCAUCAAAAACCCCAUAACCACCGCCGGCGAUGCCAGAUAAAAGUAUCAAUCUAAUCUCGUCUCGUUCGACCGAUAACGCCAGCACGUCUCCUCUGGUCACAUAAGUUUCAUUUGUCGCUUAUUCGCUGGGCGCGAGGUAUCAAUAUUUUUUCGAAAUGGAAAAUGUGGCUAAAAACGAUGAAACUGAUAUCAAAGUGUUUGGACAUUUUUCGCAGAUCCAGACCGACGCAAGAUGAUCCGGUUCGAAAAUCUGCCCCGGCUAGCAAUAUUCCGGUACACACUGUAUCUGCCGAUCCGGAUGACGAGUACUCAUCGAAAAAUAAGAACCGAGGGCUUGCCAUCGUUAUAAAUCAGGAGAAAUUUACCACGAUGAAAUCGCGCGAAGGCACCAGCAAGGAUCGAGAGGAUAUCGGUGCCGUUUUGAAACAACUGGAGUUCCAAGUGCUCGUGCUAAACGAUCUCAAAAGGGGUGCACUAAUUAACAAAUUGAAGGAGAUUGCUAGCGAAGACCACACGGAAAAUGACUGUCUCGUGGUAAUAGUGAUGACGCACGGAGAGCAAGGUGUGCUGUUUGCGGCAGACGCGGAGUACAAAGUGGAUCGCCUAUGGGAGUGCUUUAUCGGAGACGCUUGUCCAACGCUUCUCGGCAAACCAAAGCUCUUUUUCAUACAAGCGUGUCGCGGAAAGCAACUAGACGAAGGCGUAUUAUUAAGAUGCGCUAUGGACACGGUUGAUGCCCGUGAAGCCCCUAAACAGCAUAUCUACACCGUUCCUACCAUGGCGGAUUUAUUGGUAAUGUACUCGACAUACGAUGGGCACUAUUCGUGGCGCAAUCCAACCAAUGGUUCCUGGUUCAUUCAAUCACUCUGCACCGUACUCAAAUCUUACGGUCAUGAAAAGGAACUGCUGCAAAUGCUAACUGCGGUAUCGCGGAACGUCGCCUACAAUUACCGAUCGUUCGUGCCUGAUAACGCCAAAAUGGACGCCAUGAAGCAGAUGCCGUGCAUUGUGUCAAUGCUCACAAAAGCCGUUUACUUCCGUCCGAAAUCGUAAAUCAUAUUCAUCAUAUUAAACGUGGCUAUUUUGUCCAUCCCGCGACAAACAAUAUAGAUAAAGAAUUACUAUUUUAUGUAAUAAAAA